CACUCCGGUUCCAAUUGGCAUGAGGCCGUUCCGCUUGUCCUCUUGGGCAUUCGGAACACGAUAAAGGCCGACUUUCACACAACACCGACCGCUUUAGCUUUCGGCUGUUCCCUACGUCUCCCCGGGGAACUCGUUGCGCCAACUCCGAUGCGCAACUUCAACUACGCGGACUUCGCCCAUCGACUUAGCCAUCACACGCGCGAGGUUCAUGCCGCAACCACUCGACAGCAGAGAACCCCCGUUUAUGUCUCUAGAGACCUGUCGUCCUCUACGCAUGUUUUUCUUCGCGUAGAUAGCACACGCACACCGCUACAAGCUCCAUAUACCGGGCCGCACAGGGUCAUAGCUCGUAAGGAUAAAACCGCCGUCGUCGAUGUUAACGGUAGAAAAGAAACAGUUAGUUUAGAUCAGCUUAAACCAGCCUUCCUAGAGGGCAGCACCCCAUCAGAUUCCACGGAUCCACCCAGACACCCAGCACCGGCCCCCUCACCUCCUCCUCCGGGUCCACCGCAGACCACAAGCGCUCCUACGAUGCCUCCAUCUAUCCUGGUCAAACACGACCGUCGCGGUAGCGAAGUCCGCCGAUCAGUUCGUUUUGACAGCUAG